CGGAAGAUUCGGUGAACAAACAAGGUGACCUCAGGGAUACUACUGCUACUACUAGUACUAGUAGUACCAGUAGUCGUAGUCGAUGAUGUCGUCAACAUCUAGUUUCAGCAGCUGCAUCGGCGGCAGAGAUGCAGCAGCUGGGAUCGUCAGACCUGCAGCAGCGUCGCCGCGAUCCCGACAGUUAUGGCCACGUCAGCGCGGGGAUAUGGAUCUCGCACGUGGCAGGUGUUUUUCCUGCGCGUGGAGAUCCCACAGAGAGGGGGCGAUAAAUCGCCAGAAACGUUUUCCGUGGUUGUCCUCAUCGAUGGAAACAAUCACGUCGGUGCAGCCACGUCAGCAGCCCUUACUAAUUCAGGAGUUUCGUUCGUCUGGUUCCAUCUGGAAUCGAACUGGCGUCUGCAUUCCAGAACACGUGGGCAUGGAGACGAGCACGUCCUCACAAACACAGAUACGACAAGAUUGGUGGACUAAUCACGGUGGAUGGGAUCGUGUCCAGUCGCAAUCGCGACUCUGUCGAGGCAUCAACUCGUUGCUAUGGUCUCUCACAGUGUCUCCAGCUGCCAGACGUCGGAUCACCGCGCAUCCACGUGCGGUGUUGAGGGAAGAAGAUUGGGGAGGUGGAGGGGAUUCUCUCGUUCGCGGAGGAGAAGAAGAAGCUGUGUAUGGCCAGGAAGAAAGGAGAGAGGACGAUGGCUAUGGUUAUGGCUAUGGCGAUGGCUAUGGUGAUGGUAAUCAAGACUCUGCCAUGUCUGUGGAAGAAGAUUGGGGAGGAGACUCUCUCGUUCCAGGAGGAGGAGAAGAAGCUGUGUACGACCAGGAAGAAGGGAGGGAGAACGAUGGCUAUGGCGAUGGUGAGGAAGAGACUGCUGUGUCUGUGAGGACAGGGGAUGGGAUGACGAACGAGAAGAAGCAGAAGAAGCAGAAGAAGGAGAAGAAGGAGAAGAAGGAGAAGAAGAAGGAUGAUUUUUCCGACUUGGAGUGGCUGAAUGUAGACGACGAGAUUGGUGAUUCGGCAGACGCAGAGAUGUACGACGCGAUGUCGUGGAAGGUGGAGGGGAAACACAUCAUGGACUUGGUCGCAAAUGACGAAUGGCUUCCUGAAGUAGGGAUCGACGAGGAGCAGGAUAUGGAGGAGAGAGAGUUAUGGAAGAAGUUUGAGGAGGAGUGGGCGGAGAAGAAGAGAGAGAGAGAGCAGCAGAAGGAGGAGGAGAGAGAGAGGAAGAAUCUGGAGGAGGGAGACAUGAAGCAGAAGAAAGAGAGAGGGGUGCAGGAGGAAGAGAGACAGAUGGAGAGGGAGGGAGAGAGGGUUCAUGCACUGAUGACACCAGAGAGAGAAGUACCUGUGGAGGUAGAGGUGCAAUGUGAGAAAGACCCCAAGAUGGACAAAGAAGAAGAAGAAGAAGAAGGAGAUGGACAUGUGUCAGGUGAGCAGUUUGCCCAAAUGAGUGACGAGUUCAGGGAAUGGAUGGAGGAGAACAAGCACAUCUAUGGAGAUGUACACGAAGACGAAGAGUUGGUCAGCGUGAUGAAGGAAGGCAGGAAGAAGACGAAGGGGAGCUCUGAGAGCCGUGGCUAUGGCGGUCAUCCUGAUACUGCUCCUACUGCUACUGCUAACGAUGAUGAUGAUGAUGAAGAGGAUGAGGAAGAGGAGGAGGAUGAAGAGGAGGAUGAUCGAAAAGCGAUGCCGAUCUUCUACAACAGUGAGGAUCCGAACGAAAGAUAUGAAGGCAUGCCUACGUUUCCCUACAUGGCUGACGUCAACGUGACCGAAGAUCAACAGAGAGUGAUAAACACGACGCCACCUCCCUAUAUCCCCGAGGCUGACGUGGACAUGCGCAAGAAGAUAGAAGACCUGACCUACACUCUGAGGUUCUAUCUUCCCGGCCCGCUGCACGUUCCUGAAGACGGUCCCGAUCCCGACAAGGACUUUUUUGCGAAGGGCUUUUUGAGUCCGGGGGUCAGGUACGAGAGCCCCCUGGUGUGCUUCUUCUCGGCGGACAGAUUCGAGAGAUAUUGGAAGGGGUUGGGAGAGGUAGGUGGUGCAACUUUAGAGCUGGAGGACAUUUACUACGAGAGCCUUGCCGACGAGCGAUGGAAGCGAUGGGCGUACGCGUUCUGGACCAUCCGAUUAACGGACGAUGUGGAGGGUGAUCUGCGCAAGUGGGGGGUGGGAGAGUGGUGGGACUGCGCACGUCCAAGUCUAGGGGCAUAUGUGCAAAACACUGCAGAUGAGACGGAGCUUGUGAGGACAUCGAGGCCAUUUGGCAGUCGGUUUGCGAAAGAGGAUAUCCCCAAGCCGUACGACAGGAAAGGCGUGAGCGUACACGGGUACAUGAAGUACGAGAUGGUCCAGAGUGGGAAGGUGGUGUCCAUUGUGACCAAAUGGAAGCAAGAGGAAGACGAAAAGGAGCCAGAAGAAGAGACGCUCAAGCGGCGGCUAUGGCUAAGCGCAUUCCUCCGGCAACAAGAGAUGGAGGAGGGGGAGGAUGGGGAGGAGGAGGAUAUGGAGAUGGUGAUGGAGAUGGAGAUGGAGAUGGAGAUGGAGAUGGAAAUGAAGAUGGAAAUGCAAAUGGAGAUGGGGAUGGAAAUGGAAAUGGAAAAGAAGAUGGUGAUGGAAAUGGACAUUGAGAUGGAGAUGGAGAUGGAAAUGAAGAUGGAGAUGGAGAUGCAUUUCGCUGGCGACCGGAGAUGAUGACAGCGGAGGAGGUGGAGAACGAAAUGGCCCAGAUUCUGGACGGAUAGGUGGGGUCCAUUCUGACCACAA